UGCGCCGCUGAAUUAAUGCGCUUCCUCACUGUCGACUUAGAAGGACAGAGCAUAUUUAUCUUGCUAUCGUUUUAAAGCAGCGUUGAUGUAUUCUUUACUCAGAUCCUCCUAAUGCCAUCGAUUCUCCAAAAGUCCGACCCAGAAACACUGUUUUAGAAGUUUCAGAGCUGAGGUUCGAGACCGUGUCGAUCAUUUGAGGAUCUUAAGGCCGUGUAACUGCAGUGUGUCGCCGCAGUCCGCCUCCAGCAUCACAAACAUGGACCAGCACGCCUCGACGUUUGGAGUGCAGCUCUUCAUUUAUGACCUGUCGAGAGGAAUGGCUCGACAACUCAGCCCUAUAAUGUUAGGAAAGCAGCUUGAUGGCAUUUGGCACACAUCUAUAGUGGUCUACGGAGAGGAAUUCUUCUAUGGUGGUGCCGGGAUCUCUAGUUGCCCACCGGGUGGGACGAUGCUCGGACCUCCAGACACAGUGGUGGAGCUGGGGAACACGGAGGUGACGGAGGAGAUCUUCAUGGAUUAUCUGUCCUCACUUGGAGAAACAACAUAUAGCGGUGACAAGUACAGAUUGUUUGAACACAACUGUAACACGUUCACUAAUGAGGUGGCCCAGUUUCUCACUGGCAAUAAAAUUCCCUCCUAUAUCACAGAUCUGCCCUCUGAAGUGCUCUCCACGCCAUUUGGUCAGGUGUUGCGGCCAAUCCUGGACUCGAUACAUAUUGCCCCUCCAGGCGGAAACGUGAUCAGCAGCCAAAAUAAUCAUAGCUAGAUCAGCUUUGUAAUCUCUCUCUCUCACACACAAACACACACCUACUCGCGCAAUAAUUCACACAUACUCUGUUUAUACACACACGUUUGCCCUGUUGUAAAUGAAGUUGGCUCCUAACACCUUGUUCAAGAGCACGGAACAAAAUCUCAUCAAUUCUGGUCCAUAUUCACAGUUGCCCAGAUAUUCAGAGACGGUUUUGCUUAAAGUGUUUCGAGGUCCCGGGUCAUUCUUACCAGAUCACGGAUGGUGCGUAUUUUCCCAGUGUUGAGUUCUUGGUUUCUAUGGUUUUCAUUUUAAUAUGUAUCUUUACUUUGCAUCUCUACAGCCCACCACGUGCAAAGGUCAUUUGUUGUUUGUUGAUGACAAUCCAACUUUUUUUUCCCUGCUGUUCGUUUUUAUUCCUUUUGCAUCAUUUUAUGCAUUUUUGGCCCCCCCAUUAAUUUGUCUGCUGAUAUGUAUUAAUAUUCGUAAGCCAAAAAAGUUGAACGUCUAUCUUAAAUUUUAUUCUUAACACUUAUUUAUUUUUGUGAGUGACUUCGUGGCAAAGAAGCACAUGUUCUGUGACUCUGAAGAAAUGAAUAAAUGUGAAUGGAUAUAUGGCGGCUCAGAUUUAGAGAAAUAUCUGUGCCUUUGUCAUGGCAGCUUGGGCUACAAGUAACGUUUUAGUCAGAAUUAAACUGCAAAGUACAAACUAUUUAUACAUGUUAGAGUAGAUGUUGUCUUCUCCAUUUAUUUACCCAGCUGAAUGCUGUUAUAUGUGCUUUAUGCUGAUUUUUACCUUAAUGAAAGGAAAGUUUGCUGCUGUUGUCAGUGUUGAAUGUGUUUUGGUCUUUAUUAACAUAUUCCUAUUUUAAAUCGGUUUAUUUAUUGAAUACAAGCGGCGGUGUCAUAUUCAGAGAUGUUUGAUGAAAAAGUAUUUCCACUCUUUUGUUUUCAUGCUGUUGUUGUCAUUGUCGAAUAGUUGCUAAUUGUUUUGAGCUUUAUACUCAUGUUUUAACGGAAGUCAUCUCAUUAAAAAAACAGCUCUGCAUAAA